GGUCAUUUAAGACUAUGAUGGGUUAGGGGUCGGUCGAGUGUAGGAGUCGCCUUAGAACCUGCACGUUUUCCUCUCUCUCUCUCCCUCUCUGUCACUACUAAAACUCUCUCUCCCUCUCUCUCUCUCUCUCUCUCUCUCUCUCUCCUCCUCUUAAGCCUCGAGUCGCAGCAACUAGAGAGCAACGAAAGCAAGCCACAAUUCAUUGAACCCACCAAAAGAGGAGAGAAAGAAAAGAGGUGGAAAAAGAGCAGCUUCUUGCUUUUGCUUGGAUCACCGAGUUUUCUGGAGGAAGAACUGAGGGGAAUGGCUGAGCCGCCGAGCUCGGAGCCGGAGUCCUCCAGCACCAGCUCGCCGCCGUGGCCGUCGGCGUCGUCGACGAGCCCGCAGCAGCCCGCGGGGGCCGAGCAGGGCCGGGCGGCCAAGAGGGGGCGGGACAGCGGCAGCAAGCACCCGGUGUACCGCGGGGUGCGGAUGCGGACGUGGGGGAAGUGGGUGUCCGAGAUCCGCGAGCCAAGGAAGAAGAGCCGGAUCUGGCUCGGCACCUUCUCCACCGCCGAGAUGGCGGCGCGUGCCCACGACGUCGCCGCCCUCGCCAUCAAGGGCAGCGCCGCCAUCCUCAACUUCCCCGACCUCGCCCCCUCCCUCCCCCGCCCCGCCAGCUCCUGCCCCCGCGACGUCCAGGCCGCCGCCGCCAAGGCCGCCUCCAUGACCGGCGCCUCCCCCGCCUCCGCCUCCUCCAACUCCGCCGACGCCGCUGUGCCCUCGGCCUUGGACGCAUUGUCGCCGCCCAGCUCCGCGCCGACCACGUCCUCCUCCUCCUCCUCCCACUCGACGUCGUCCUCGCGCGACGACGACGUGUCCGCCCCCGAAGAGCUCGGAGAGAUAGUGGAGCUGCCUCGGCUGGGGGCCAGCUUCGGGUUCGAGCCGAUGAUGAUGAUGAUGACCGACCCGAGCGCGAUCAACGACUUCAUCUACGCGGACGUGGCCGACGCGUGGGCGUACCCUCCGGAACCGUACGGUCAGGAUUACGACUACUUCGGCGGCGGCGGCGGCGACCACCACCAGAUGACGGCGACUGAGCCGGGCGGUAUGGCCGGCGGUUUCGACGCCUUGUUGUGGCAAUAUUAAUGCCUAAUAAUGCAGAAAGCAAAGAAACGGGUUUGUCAUUUGUGUUUUCGAGUUUUAGUGUGCUUGACCCUUGUCUUCUCUUCUUACUUCUUCCUUCUUCUUUUUACCCCUUUUCUUUUUGCGUCCUUUCUUUUCUGCUCCCUCCUUUGGAAUACUUUCGUUUUCAAAGUCCUUUUCUUUUCUUGAUAAAGAAAAUCAAAUGUGAGCUAAGCCCUCUUACUAGUUUUUAACCAAUUUUCACCCCCCACCCCCACUUUGAAUGGAUACUAUAUACCUUCCUUUCUCCUCAA